AUGGCUACCCCCAGUGUCCUUACCUUUGAUACUGAGGGUCGUGCUGUUGACUUUGAGGUCUGGGUCGAUGACCUCCAGCUGUUCUUACAGUGCGAUAGGGCAGACGGACUCUCCCUGUUCGAUCUCACCUCUAGUGUCUCUCCUGCCCCGCCUGCUACUGCUGAAAGCACUGUUCGCUCGCAAUGGGCCACGCGCAAUGCUGCUGCACGUCUUGCUGUGCGUCGCCACUUACCGACCACUGAGCGUGCGCACUUUAGCCAGUACAAGAGUUCUAAGACCUUGGGUGUUCUCCCUCCCCCCUCUUGCCCUCUGUUGCUUCUGCUGCUGCGACCGACCUCGUUGGCUUCGAGUCGGUCGGCACUGCGUCUGCCUUUAGCGGGAAACGCCGCACCGGCAAGGGCAAGGGGGGCAAGGGCGUUGGAGGGGUUGGUGGGGGCGGUGGAGGUGGUGGUGGAGGUAGUGGAGGGGGAGGGGGUGGUGGUGGGAGCGGUGGCGGGGGUGGAGGUGUCGGUGGCAGCAGUGGAGGCGGAGGAGGCGGCGGUGGUAGCGGAGGGAGCGGAAGCGGCGGAGGUGGCGGAGGCGGCGGAGGUGGCGGAGGCAGCGGUGGAGCUGGUCGCAGCUCUGCGUAGAGGAGUGGCUCCGGUGGUGGUCCGCGCCAGCAGCAGUAGCGUAGUCGUGCGACCAUGUUCCCUCAGCAGCUUCGUGAGUGUGAUGAGGGUGACUGUUACUUCUGCGUUCCGCCUGACCCGGGCAUUUGAGGCUGCUGCUCUAGGUGCUGGUGAGGCUGCUGCUCUAGGUGCUAGUGCGUCUGCUACCCUAGGUGCUGGUGAGUCUGCUCUCUCAGGUACCACGUCGGCUCAGGCCUUGCACACCUUCACCCUUGACUCGGGUGUUUCGUGCUCCUCCUUUCGAGACCGCACCAUGCUUACGCCGCUUAGUCAGCCGGUUGCAAUCUCCCUGGCGGACCCCUCUGGGGGUCCUGUCCUUGCUAGCUUCUCCACUGUCUUACCGUGUCCGGCAGCCCCCUUUGGCACCCUGUCAGGGCCUGCCCCUACCUGCGUCCCCUACGUCAAGGGGCGGCAGCGCGCCGCCCCUCACUCCUCCGAGUUUCCUCGGACAGAGGCUCCCCUGCAGACUCUUCACAUGGAUGUGUGGGGCCCCGCGCGCGUCCGUGGCCAGGGUCACGAGCGUUACUUCCUGUUGGUGGUUGAUGACUGCUCGCGUUACACCACGGUGUUCUCCUUGCGCAGCAAGGGUGACGUCACUGAGCAAAAUGGGAUUGCUGAGCGCCGCAUUGGCAUGGUCAUGGACUGUGCUCGUACGUCCAUGAUCCGUGCGGCUGCUCCCCAUUUUCUGUGGCCGCUUGCGGUUCACUACGCAGCGCAUCAGCUCAAACUUCAGCCCCGGGUCUCCUUGCCAGAGACCUCCCCCACCUUGCGGUGGACGGGGAAGGUUGGCGAUGCGUCUGCGUUUCGGUUUUACCACCCCACCUCGCGCCGUGUUCUAUCCUCCCAGGACGUCACCUUUGACGAGUCGGUGCCUUACUACCGUCUCUUCCCCUACCGCACUGCGCCUCUCCCCCUGCCGCCGCUCUUCCUUGCGCUAGGUCCUCCUUCGGUAGACCCCCUCCCCCCUCAGGGUCCUGCCCCCCUGGGGGUGCUGAGUCUGGGGGUACUGAGUCUGGGAGUGCUGAGCCUGGGGGUGGUGAGUCUGGGGGUGCUGAGCCUGGGGGCGCGGAGCCUGGGGGUGCUGAGCCUGGGGGUUCGAGGCCUGGGGGUGCUGGAUCUGCUCGUGUGGCCUCUGGCGGUGCUUCGUCGAGGCGGGAGCUACUCUCUCCGCAUGAGCUGCGGGAGUGGUUCGCCCGGCGCUAGAGCCGUGCUGCUGGAGCUGGAGGUACUACUGUUGCUGCUGGUCCUGGAGGUGCUCGUCCUGGCGGUUCUGGAGCUGCUGGGACUGGGGGUCCUGAUGGAGGUACUGCUGGAGCUGCUUGAGGUACUGGAGCUGACGGUCUUGCUGGAGUUGGUGCUGCUGGAGCUACUGGAGCUGCUCGAGCUGGAGCUGCUGGGGGAGUUGGUGCUGGUGGUUUUGCUGGUGCUGGUGCUUCUGAGGGUGUUGGAGUUGGCGCUGUUGGAGCUGGAGGUGCCGCUAGCGCUGGUGCUGCCGCUGGGGGUACUGGUGCUGUCCCUGCUGGUUCUGGAGGCGCUGCGCGGCCGAGGCCUGUAA